ACUGGUAAUACAGAGUUUAAUCGAAUUGCGAGACCGUUGCUAAUAAACUGUAGCUGGAAAACGCAUUUGCUUGGGAGUAUCACUAACACCGAGAUGGCCGCAAAUCGACAAUGGAUCAGGCUCAAUAUCCUCAUACUGCUUACGCAGUUGGUCUGGUUCGGCUUCGUGCACGCUGACAGUCAGACUUGCGACAGUCGUGUCCAGCAGUGUCCUUUGGGCUCGCUGGAUCGGUUGAUGGAAGACCGCCGAGGCGAGCUGGAAGAUUAUGAUGAACAUCUUGUGUACAGACAAAUGGUUGAGCGGAAUGACAAACUUGAGCACAGGCGCUUAACGCGAGAAGAUAACCGACAAAUCGAACGUGCUUCUGGGCGCGAGGAGAAUGACUUGUUACGAAAACUCGAGCGAGACGAGAGGCAAGUCAAUCGCAGAGAAGCUCGACGAGUUGAUCUCUCUCGCCGAGAUGAUCUUCGACAUGAGGAACGCGAUAAUCGUCGACGGGAGGAUCGAGAGGAGCUCCAGCGAGAGGAACGCGAAGACUUACAACGUGAGGAACGCGAUGACCGCCGACGAGAGGAACACGAUAGCCGCCGACGAGAGGAACGCGAUGAUUUGCAACGUGAGGAACGAGAUGUGUCUCGAAGGGAAAAUCGUGAACACAGCGGACGUGUGGAUGUAGAGCGUAUGCAAAGUCGUCUGGGCAGGCAAAUGAAUCGCGAACGUGAUUCGCAGCUUAAUACUCACAAUGCUUAUCGCGGGGAUAUGCGGCGAGAUGAUCUCUCCCGACGCAUUGAUCUACGAUUAGUUGAACGCGAUGAUCGCCGACAUGAGGACCGAGACGAACAUCGACGUGAGGACCGAGAAGGACUCCGACGAGAGGAACGCGAUGAUUUGCAACGAGAGCAACGAGAUAUAUCUCCAAGACAAGAACGUAAUGGCCAUCAACGUGUAGAUGCGGAGCGUAUGGAAAUACGCGUAAGUCGGGAGAGCUUGCGAAGGGCGGAUAAUAACCUAUCUCGAACACAGGAACGUGAAGAUCGACGCGCUGAUCGCUCAUUGCGUGAGGAACGUGAUGACAGCCGACGGGAGGAGCAAGACGAUCUCCGCCGUGAAGAGCGAGACAAUCUCCGACAAGUGGAGCGAAGCGAUCUCCGACGAGAGGACCGAGCUAGUAUCCAACGAGAAGAACGAGAUGAUUCUCGAAGACAGGAGCGUGAAGACUCUCUAUCAAGACGAGAGAAUCGCGUUAAUAAUUUACAUGAGGCGCGAGACAAUCUCCGCCGAGAGGAGCGAGACAAUCUCCGACAGGUGGAGCAAACCGAUCUCCGACGAGAGGACCGAGCAAGUAUCCGACGAGAAGAACGAGAUGAUUCUCGAAGACAGGAGCGUGAUAAUAAUUUACAUGAGGCGCGAGACAGUCCCCGACGAGAAGAGCGAGACAGUCUCCAGCGAGAGGAGCGAGACAAUCUCCGUCAAGUGGAGCGAACCGAUGUCCGACGAGAGGACCGAGCUAGUCUCCGACGAGAAGACUCUCUAUCAAGACGAGAGGAUCGCGUUAAUAAUUUACACGAGGCGCGAGACAGUCACCGACGAGAAGAGCGAGACAAUCUCCGCCGAGAAGAGCGAGACAAUCUCCGACAAGUGGAGCGAACCGAUAUCCGACGAGAGGACCGAGCUAGUCUCCGACGAGAAGAACGAGAUGAUUCUCGAAGGCAGGAACGUGAAGACUCUCUAUCAAGACGAGAGGAUCGCGUUAAUAAUUUACAUGAGGCGCGAGACAAUCACCGACGAGAAGAGCGAGACAAUCUCCGCCAAGAACAGCGAGACAAUCUCCGACAAGUGGAGCGAACCGAUCUCCGACGAGAGGACCGAGCUAGUCUCCGACGAGAAGAACGAGAUGAUUCUCGAAGGCAGGAACGUGAAGACUCUCUAUCAAGACGAGAGAAUCGCGUUAAUAAUCUCCGACGUGAAGAGCGCGACAAUCUCCACCGAGAUGAGCGAGACAAUCUCCGUCAAGUGGAGCGAACCGAUGUCCGACGAGAGGACCGAGCUAGUCUCCGACGAGAAGACUCUCCAUCAAGACGAGAGGAUCACGUUAAUAAUUUACAUGAGGCGCGAGACAAUCUCCGACGAGAAGAGCGAGACAAUCUCCGCCGAGAGGAGCGAGACGAUCUCCGUCAAGUGGAGCGAACCGAUCUCCGACGAGAGGACCGAGCUAGUCUCCGACGAGAAGAACGAGAUGAUUCUCGAAGACAGGAGCGUGAAGGCUCUCUAUCAAGACGAGAAGAUCACGUUAAUAAUUUACAUGAGGCGCGAGACAAUCACCGACGAGAAGAGCGAGACAAUCUACGCCGAGAGGAGCGAGACAAUCUCCGACAGGUGGAGCGAACCGAUCUCCGACGAGAGGACCGAGCAAGUAUCCGACGAGAAGAACGAGACAAUCUCCGUCAAGUGGAGCGAACCGAUCUCCGACGAGAGGACCCAGCUAGUCUCCGACGAGAAGAACGAGAUGUUUCUCGAAGACAGGAGCGUGAAGAACGCCAACUUUUGGAUGUCGAGCGAAUGGAUAAUCGGCUGGACGGAGAGGAAAGAGACCUUACCCGAAGACUGCAACGAGAAGUUGAAGAGCGCUCAACUGCUCGCCAUCACAAACAAGUUGAUCGAGACGAUCUAAAACGAGGACAGCGAGGCACUCUUCGGCGGAAUCAACAAGGUGAUUUCCGACGUGAGGAACGAGAAGAUCUGCAACGGCAGGAACGUGAUUAUCUACGACGUGAGGUGCGCGUUGACCGAGAAAGAGAUAGUCCUCGCCGAGAGGAACGUGUCAAUCAUCGGCAUGAGGAAAGAGAUAUAUCUCGAAGUCAGGAACGUGAAGACAGCCGCGGAAUGGAAGUGGAGCAAAUAAACAGACGACAAAAUAGGGAGGAAAUGCGGCGGGAGUCAAGAGACUUGACCAGAAGACAAGAAGGAGAAGAUUUUCUUAAUGGUAGAUUAGAAAAUCGUAUGGAAGUUCGUCGCAUUGAUCUAACGCAAAACGAACGAGAUUCAUCUCAACGACAGGAGAGUGAAAACCACUCUCGUGUGGGUAUGGAGCGAAGGGUGGCGAAUGAUUUGACACGAAGACAAGUACGAGAAGAUCGCGUUCGCUUAGAUAGUCGUAAUGUAAAUCGCAUGGAAGUACGAGGAGACAAUCUCGUCCGAAGUGAGGGACGCAAUGCUCGCCGACGUGAGGAACGAGACGACCUCAGGCGUGAGGAUCGAAAUGAAAUCCGACAGGAGGAACGAGACCUAUCUCGAAGACAGGAGCGUGAGGAUCGCUAUCGUCUGAAUACAGAGCGAGUAAAUCGUAAGGAGAAUGAACUGUCCCGACUACAGGAACGGGAAGUCCGUGAGCGCACAGACAAUCGUAAUGACAAUCGUUUGGAAGAGAAGCGGGACAGUCUUUCACGAAAUGUGGAUCGUGAUGAAAGCCGACGAGAGCGAUAUACUGAUCUCCGACGAGAAGAUCCACGACAGGAGGAACGACGGCAGGAGCGAGAACAGGAAGUCGAUCGGAAGUUGACUACCCAGCGAAGACAGGAACGAGAUUUGUCGCUAAUGUAUUUAGACGAGAGUCUGGAAAACCAAAUGCACACCACCCAGAAAAAGGCAAUUAGUUGGUUAAGCAAUAACUACUGCCAACAAGGACUUUUGGUUACUGGCCAGGCGCUGAUUCUGUUACUACUAUAUACCAAGUUGAACAGCAGCCGCAAAGGAUUCGAUCUUGGGAAUAAGCUUGGUGAUCAUAUCCAGAGCUUUCUACAUCCAAUCGACUGUUAGGAUUUCUAAGACAAGGCUUUACCUGAUAACCGGAUAACCUGAAACGCAUAAGUACCUAAUAAAUCGCUAAAUCCUAUUAUAUGGACCAUAUGUCCCUUAUCGUACAACAUAGAGAGCAACGAGUUUAACGCAGAGAGUGGAUCUGAGAUGUGGCUACAAAUGCAUUGUACAAUUUAAUCCAAACGUUAUUGUAACUAAAAACUACACGAAACUAGCAACCAACAAAUAUAAGUUAUACAUAGUUGAGCAUAUGCAGCCGA